AUCUUCUCCUCCUCGACCUCGAGCAUCCCCUAGUAUUCACUUCUGUCGCGAAGAUGUGUGCGUUUCCUGUUCUUUCGGCCACCCUGCUCUGCCCAGCCAUACUACUGCUCACUGUGCUAGCCAAUCCCAUAACAGGUGUCGCCCUGAACACGGCGAAGGCGACUCACUGCGCGCCGGCGCUGUGCGGCCGCCUCACCAUCGCCUACCCGUUCUGGCUCGCCGGCACGCAUCCGCCCGAGUGUGGCUACCAGGCCUUCCAGGUUGCAUGCGCCGAGGGCAACGCUUCCCUCGAGAACUCGCUCUGGACGUACCAGAUCCUGGAUAUCUUCUACAAAAACAGCUCGUUCAGAGUCACCAACGUCGACCUGUUGGACGGCACUUGCGACGUCGAGAAUUUCGUCAACGCCUCCUCCGACCUUGGCCUCGCGCCGUUCAAGAUUAGCCCGAAGAACCACGAGCUGUUCUUUCUCUACGACUGCAACCAGCAGGCACGACGGCAGCCUCGUUCUUGGGCGCCCGUGAGCUGUGCUGAUUACUCGUCCAACUCGUUUGCCUGGCUUGCUGGGCAGUACAGGCCCGAGGGUACUUGGACGCCGCUGCCGGGGAACUGCACCGUGUCGAUGAUGCCGGUGCUGGCAUACGAGUUUGCAACGGGUGCAGACUAUGAGCGGCUAAUGAAGGGCGGGUUUCUGCUUGAGUACACGGCUGUGGACUGCAAGGAUUGCAUGGCGAGCGGCGGCCGGUGCAGGAUCGAUGUCAGCGACGAUGUGUUCGAGUGCCACUGCUCCGACGGUGUGUACCCGGUGAUCUGCGGUGAGCUUUCCAAUGCUUAUAAUUUCGUGCUUUAUUUUAUUUCUCUACUGUUUCCUUCGUUUUGGUUUGCCUUUGCUAUACGUAUACCCGACUCGAAACUAAAUUUGGUGUCAUUGCACAAUGUCAAUGGAAUUCAUUAGUUGCAUUUUCAGCUUUAAGGCAAGC